AUGAGUUUGGAGGCCAGUAGAGCAGAAGUUCGAGAACUCGCUGCAAAAUUCGUGCCUCAGAUCAAUCAAGUUUAUGCUUGUUCUAAUCUGAAUAUUGACGAGUCUAAGCUAUUAGGAGAACUACUGAAACUCAUUGAUAAAAUUCCCGAAGACGAGCACCUAUUUUGCGAUGAGGCUUUCAGAUCAGUUUCAGUAUUCUGUCUCACUCUGUUUUCCUUCAGCAAUCAAGGAACGGUAACCUGGCUAAAAGGUAGGUUCGACCCGGUCUUAGCGAGGUGUAAAGAUUGCGUUCUUCACUUCACUCGAGGAAGAUGUAAGAUGUUACAACACUUCUCGGUGCAGAGGAAGGUGCCACAUGAACAUGUCACAAAAUUCAAUAAUAUUGUCUCGCAUUGGAGAUCUCAGGCAUUGCUACCCGUCAUCCAGGGCAUAUCCGUCAACAACAACACGGGCAUCAAUUUGAGCAAAAACAUUGAAGUGGCACUGUAUGAGUGUUUUUGCAACCCGCAGGUUCUCAGAACAAAUGAGAUACUCAAAGGUGCGUUUGAUGCUAUUUUCAAGUUUCUUUACAAUUCGAACCAUUCAAUUCUGAGUCAUGAAGCAGAAGUGUCAGCUGGGCAACAUGUUCAUGCAGGUUUAAUAUUCUGUUGGUUUGAAGGUAAUCAUGAGGAGGUACAAUGGGCUAGAGAUUGCUUAGAAAAGUUGAACACAAAUCAUUUCACUUUUAGUGAGGAGAAUUUCACCCAAGAUAUAUUGGAAGAGAUCAACGUGCAUUUGCUGUACUUACAGAACUCCAGUAAUUUCCACGAAGCUUUGGUAUCCCAUUUUUGGUCCAAAUUCACUCCAAUUUAUUAUCUUUUGAGUCCGUCUCUAAUUGGGGACUAUCUUAUUGUUCCGCCAAAUUUGGAGUCUUUGCGAAUGUCUAUUCGAUAUCCUAUAGAAUCGAUCUACAAAUUAUGGUACCGCCAUUUCGCACACACCUUUCGAGAGAAGCCACUAGGUGUGCUACUCAAAGCUCUAAGAGUAUUUUUGGAGAAAAUAGGUAUUGAUUUUUGGGGACUUAUUGAGCCGUUCACAUUUCACAGUAUCCUUGACUUGGUAUUUGAUAAAAACGUCUUCUCGAAUACAUUGAUUAAGGUGCAGGAUAUUCCACUAACGUCUCAGGGAUACGAGGCUCUUCUUUCUGAUGGCGUUUCAUUGACAGAUUUGGUUUCGUGGACACUACCCUUUUAUCAUUCCUUGUCACCUCCAAAGAGAAUACAGAUGGUCAAAAAAGUUUCAAUUGCAUUUCUUCGCGUCAUUUCUAGUCAUCAGAUGUUGAAACCCAUUCCUAAAGCAUGUUUGAUCAAUUCUUCUACAGCCUUAUUGAGUGCGGUUUUGGCCGUCACUGAUAAGGAAAGGUCGAUGCUCUACUCCAGUGAGAGCUUCGAAACAACACUUUUCACUAAAUUAGAUUCUCGUGCACUGCUGAAUAAUGAUAUGGUGUUAAACUUGGUUCUUCAAGCUGCCACUAAUCCCGAUAUGUUUUUCGGGGCCGGGCAGUCAAUUAGAUCGGUUUCUUAUUCUGCUAUGAAAGUGUUGGCUAAUUGCAUUGAUUACGACAUCCUUAUAUUGUGCCAAGCAUCUUACGGAGUAUAUCGAGGGGGAAAAGCUCACGAUGUCAAAGUCACCACCACUUUGCUUUCAAAAGUUGUUCAGCAUCUUGACUUAGGACGAUCUCAAGAUACUCCACGAUUAGCAGCCCUUUUGUUGGCAUCCAUGCGCAAUGUCAACGGCCUUUUGAGGCCCAAAACAACUGAUCCUUCAGCGGCCGAGCACAACAGAUUCAUCAGGCUGUACGUUGAUCUCUUAAAAACCCUUCUCGCUAAAAUCACUGACAUAUUACCGUCGCACCUAAUUAAAGUACUUACUGAUGAGAACGGGUCAAAAGGGUUUUGGUCUUGCAUCUUUACCACUGACAUUGAAAUCUACCAGACAGCAACCAACAUCCUUUAUGAAACAUUUGACGUCGAAGGCAGGUUGGAAGGAAUUCAGGAAAUGUUUAGUAGAAGUCUCGACAACAGCUUGGAAUCCAUUGAUAUGGUCCUAUCUCAACUUAUGAAGCACGAGUUUUUUGAGCCAUGCCCGAGAGCCAUAAGAGUGUUAAUGGACAUCAUACACGUAUUUUCAGAUCCCGUCAAUGGCACAUUCGCUAACUACAAGUCCAUGAAAAAUGAAAAAACAGACCAAAUGCUGAAAAGAUUCUGGAGGCUGUCGUGGGAGUUUUUGAAUAUGAUAUACCGUGCAACACUAAAAUGGGCUUCAAAAUAUCCAUACUCGGAAUUAGAAAACUUCACGAAAGACACUCUCGACACAAGUCUCUCGAUGAUUGAUGCGUUUCGUGAGUUUUCUGAAGCGCUUUUCUCAGGUAAUGGAAAAGAGCAAUCUGACGAACUUCUUCGCAAUGUACUCAAGACUUUUCAAGAUAUGCUCUACUGGCUAAGACUCAGCGAUGAGUAUCUUUUGGCGUCCUGCGUGAAACUCGUCGUUAAAGCAGCAGACCUAGCAAUUGAGAGAGAAUUGAAGUUUGAUGAUGACUUAGUAACGACAAUGGCUCGUUACGCUUUGAAAGCUCGCAAGUUCUCAAAUAAGCUUACACCUCAGCAGUCCUCGGAGCUACUUUCGAGGGCAAAGGAAUUUAACGAGAAUUUGAUAGACAAGGUCACAGUUGAGACAGAACUCUAUCACAAAGAAAAAGAGAAAUUAAAAUUGAAUAAAGAAACUACCCCACAAUCGGCAUCAUCAAAAGACAGUUCACCACCUACUGUUGCCAGGUCGCUGCCAUUAGAAUCUAAGGUCGAUUUUCUACAAAGAAAAGCUAUGUCUUCAUCUUUGAUGGGCCGGCCCAGGAGUCAGUCUAAAAUUACGUCAUUUGGAACUUUGAAGCCAGGAAUGACACCGAGUGCUCAAGAACAAGCCAAAGGACAACCGACGAAAUUGGAACUUGCCAGAAGACAGCUUUUGGCAAAUAGAAAAGUACAUCCUCCGAGUGCCAACGUUUUUAACUCCAGAAAACCUCAACAGCAACGCAAUAACAGAGAUGAUAGUAGCGAUGAAAGUGAAGACGAUUUGGAGGAUGCCAAAGAGCUCUUUUCCCUCUCUAAGGCAAAGGAGCGUAGCACACCAAUUGUGCUAGAUAUCAAUGGAAAGCCUAUCAAGAAGGUUGAUAAUGCUCAACGGAAGAAACAGGAAGAAGAAAACAUGAGAAGGAGGUUGAACGUUGAUCUCAAUCCCUUUUACCGUAUGGUUUUGAGGUGGAAUUAUAUCAGUUCAGGUGAGUAUCCAUCUGAUUCUCAGGACUAUGUCUAUGAAGAUGUCAAGGACACUUUCAAGUCUGUCGAAGAUUAUCAGAGAAUUAUGCAACCACUUCUACUAUUAGAAUGCUGGCAAGGCUUAUGUGCAGCUAGAGACAGAGAGGAUAAUAAACCAUUCAGCAUAGUAGUUGGUAAUCGGACAGUAGUUUCGGACUUUUACGAAGUUUACGCUUCCGUCAGUAAGAAAAUGUUGAUCGAGGCUAACAUAACGGAGUCAGACUUGCUUGUUUUGGCCCACUUUCCAACUGCAAGAAAUGUAAACGAUGUUAGAGCGGACGAUUUUAAGAACGCAGAAAAUUCUUGUUUAGCCAAAGUUUGGGGACUAAAGAACAGUAAAGGUGACAACAUGGACUUAACAUUGAGGAUCGAUAGAAGCCAUCAAUUUAGCAAGUUCUUGACUUUGAGAGCCGAGAUUUUUGCAGUGAAAGUGAUGCAAAUGACUACUGUUGAAAGGGAAUACACCUCUUUGGUCGGUCUUCCAUUUUAUGAUCUUGUAAACCAAAUCACAAGCGGGCAGUUAAAAGCACAGCACUCUACAGAUGUGAGAGAGAUAGAGCAAGUUAAAGCUCAUUACAAAUUGAACAACUCACAAGCGGAGGCUAUUGUGAGUACAGUGUCUUCUGAAGGAUUUCACCUGAUUCAGGGUCCUCCAGGUACCGGUAAAACGAAGACAAUUCUUGGUAUUAUUGGAUACUUUUUGAGUACUCAGAAGGCCUUACCUGCCGGUGUGAUCAAACAGCCUAUCGACUCCGCUACGGCAGCCACUUCAACGGAGCAACUACUACUAAAACAAAAGGUACUAAUAUGCGCUCCUAGUAACGCUGCUGUUGAUGAACUAGUCUUAAGGCUGAAAUCUGGAGUUUUCGACAAGAGCGGGAAAUUGUUCUGUCCCAAACUCGUGCGGCUUGGCCGAUCUGAUGCAGUUAAUGCUGCGAUUAAAGACCUGACCUUGGAAGAGCAAGUGGACAAGAAGCUAGGCAGUAAAAGCUACGAAUUUACAAGCAAUCCAAAUUUGGAGCAGAAUUUGCAAAGCACAAUUGGCGAACGGCGACAGUUAAGGAGAAAACUGGAUUCGGAGGACGGCUCUGCAUUAGGUGAGCUGUCCACAGACGAUAUCACAAAGAUUCAGAUGAGCAUCAGAGAAUUGAGUAGAAAGAUCAAUGAACUUGGGAAACAAAAAGAUGAAAUAAGAGAACGAAACUCUGUCAAUUACAGAAAUAGAGAACUUGACAGAAGAAGAGCGCAGUCCCGAAUUUUGGCUGAGAGCGAUGUCAUUUGCUCCACUUUAUCUGGAUCUGCACACGACAUAUUGGCCUCUCUGGGCGUGAAAUUUGAUACUGUCAUUAUUGAUGAGGCUUGUCAAUGUACCGAACUUUCCACCAUAAUACCUUUACGGUAUGGAGCAAAGAGAUGCAUUAUGGUGGGAGAUCCAAAUCAGUUGCCACCUACGGUUUUAUCUGGAGCCGCCAGUAAACUGAAAUAUAAUCAAUCAUUAUUUGUUCGGCUGGAGAAGAAAUGCUCACCUCAUUUGCUAAACGUGCAAUAUCGAAUGCACCCAGCAAUAAGCAAGUUCCCUUCAACAGAGUUUUACAGUGGAAAAUUGAGCGAUGGGCCAGGCAUGGAAGCGAGCAAUUCGAGACCAUGGCACUCGCGUUCGCCGUUGGGGCCCUAUAAGUUCUUCGACAUUGCCACUGGUAGACAAGAGCAAAACAGAAAGACAAUGUCUUUUGUUAAUUUUGAAGAGUGCAAAGUUGCAAUAGAGCUGGUUGAAAACCUUUUGAAUAAUUUCGAAAACACGUACAACUUCACUGGCAAAAUAGGCGUUAUCUCGCCAUAUCGCGAACAGAUGCAAACAAUGAAAAGAGAGUUUAGGAAGUAUUUCGGCAAUCCCAUCAUUGCUUAUGUGGAUUUCAAUACCAUCGACGGUUUCCAAGGACAAGAAAAGGAGAUUAUCAUUAUAUCAUGCGUGAGAGCAGAUGAUACCAAAUCUGGCGUUGGUUUUCUGAAAGAUUUCAGGCGUAUGAAUGUUGCACUUACAAGAGCAAAAACUAGUAUGUGGAUCUUGGGCCAUCAUAGCUCUCUUUUCAAGAAUAAGCUCUGGAGAAAUUUGAUUACGGAUGCAAAAGAGAGGAACUGCUUGGAACUGGCUUGUUCCGGCUUUCUUAACGUGAAGAACACAAAGGCCGCAACAUUGCUGAAAAAUUACGCCGGGUCCCACGACCAUAUAGCGGGAGACGAUUACGAUCCGACAGCACCAAGGGCUAAUGAAAAGGCAAAGAAAGCUUUCAAGGAGUUCAACAAACAAAAAGAAUCUAGAUAUUCAAACGUAAAGGCCCAACCGCAUGUUAAAUCGGCGGGUCAUACUCGCGAGACCUCAGGAAGCUUGGAAGCAUCUGGAAGGCCCUCUCACCAUAUAUCUGAUGCAGAGAAGAAGAAAAAAAAAGAGGACAUAAGGCCAAAGAGCAAUGCAAUUCAGAGCCUUUCUGGUACCAAAAAGAAGUCAUCAAUUUUCGGUGGGCCCUCUUUAGUUUCUGGAAUUGAAGAAAAAACAGGAACAUCUACUAUAAAUACAGGCAAUACAAGCGCUCUGGGAAAGAAAGCAGUAAAAGAUACCGAUAACCGAAAUCCAGAUAGGCAAAAAUCUUUGAAGCGUGUAAGAUUUGAAGAUGUUCCAGAUAUAAUAGGGGACAAGAAAGCGAAACCUUCUGAUAUGAAAAAGUAUUCAAAACUUGAAAACGGUCCCACGAUUUAUGAGAGCAAAAGAGAGCCCUCAGUGGUCAGACCCGAUAGUUCGGAUGAUUCAGAAACUAAGAGCGGCGUUGUCCAACUAAACAAGUCUACCAGCCAAGGCGAUUCGGGGUUCGAAAGCGAUAGCGAACAUGACGGUUACGAUCCAUCUUUAUCUCCGUCUUUGACCUUGCAGCGGCGUGCGCCCACAAUUCCCAAUCCUUCAAGAGACAUUCAUGUAAGUAAAGAGAAGACUUUACAUCGUACUUCCUUGGGCUCCGAUCCAUUCAUUCCGAAGCGAAAAAAGCCAUUUCACAACAAAAAAAUAGGUUAG